AGCCUUCGAGGAUAAUACGUGAUACCUAAACUGUAUGUGAAAGUUUCCAUUGCUCUCUCUAGACAGGGUUUGGAAGCAAACAUGGUUUCCGGGGUUGCUUAGAAGUAUCCCGGUCUCGUUUGACGUUCUUCUAGCUUCUGCAACCUAUAGUCUAGUAUAGACCCUUCUCGCGAAUACCAUGCAAAGGCUGCACUUGCUCGUCUAAUCUUGCCGUGCAGCUAGACCAUCUAGCUGGCAGUCCAAGAAUCACAAGUCGUGCAGCUAGAACAGGUCUCGAUAGAGAGUAUAUUUAAAAGAGGAAAAUCCGGGAAUCUUGUAACUUCUUUCAACCAUCUCUGAUUGCAGUUUCUCAGCUCCGACUUCCUCUAUUCCUCGUCCACUAGCUGACAUUCUCGGCCUCUAUUAGUCUCCCAUCAAGCGCAUUCCUAGCCAAACACCAGCUGAACGUUCUCAGCUCGGACGUCGCAAAAUCCAGCAGCUACAGCAUUCGCAGAUUUUCAGCAAUGGCGCAGUGCAGCACUCUCCAGGAGCUGUUCUCCGUGAAGGACAAGGUAGCGCUCGUGACCGGGGCUUCCUCGGGCAUUGGCCUCGCGUUCGCCCGGUUUCUCGCGGGCCAGGGCGCCAAAGUUGUUCUGGCUGCUCGUCGAGCUGAAAAGUUGGAGGCGGCAGUGAAGGAUAUCAAAGCCACUGGGGGGGAGGCGUCUGCAAUCAGCCUGGACGUCUCCAAAGGCAGGGACACUAUUGCAGAGGCCGUUACCAAUGCGGCGGCAGUCUACGGCCAAAUUGAUAUCCUGGUGAACAAUGCGGGGGUCUUUACUGGCGGAAGCGUCUUGGACGACACCCAAGAGCAGUUUGACACCACCUACGGCGUCAACGUCAGCGGCAUGUAUUUCACCGCCCAAGCGGUGGCUAAGCAAAUGAUUGAGAAGGGGAUCAAGGGACGCAUCAUCAACACGGCGUCGAUUGUCGCAACCGUGAUCCCCCCGGGCACCGCGCUCUACUCGUCGUCCAAGGCGGCGGUGGUUUCUCUGACCAAGGGCCUGGCGGCAGAGCUGGCCUCGAAGGGCAUCAACGUGAACUCGAUCUCGCCUGGCGUCUUCCCGAGCGAGAUGUCCGACGGAAUUGUGGAGAGCGCCGGCAGCAAGAAGGCGCAGCAGGCUGUACCCGACCAGAGGUGGGGCGACACCGAGCACGACAUGAUGGGCGUGCUGCUGCUGCUGGCGUCGGAGAAAGCGUCCGCCCAUCUAGUUGGUGUCAACAUUAACGUGGACGGCGGACACUCCCUCUACACGUUUAACUUGACCGACCCGACCUCCGUUUUCGAGGACAAGCUGACGGAGCAGAGCGACCACUAGAGGCCCAGCGAGGGCGGUGGUCGCCACAAUCUGCAAAAACUGUGUAUACCUUAUUAGAGUUCAUUAAGCUUACCGGGCGACCAGUAGUAAACGCAACGAGAGUGGUGGUCGCCGGACUUAGCAAUCGUUUGUCACAGUGUUGUACGAUAAUGACUUGUGGUUACUUAAUGUUGCUUUGGGUUAUCGUGCAAUUUUGAGAUUGGUAGUGUGGUAGUUCAAGGAUAAGAUAGAGCUACAGAACUACGAUAAGCUGCCGCGAUCGAGGGGCUCCAGCUGAGCUUCUUAAAUGCUGAAGCAUAGACACGACUGCUGAAUGCGACACAAUGUUGUACAAUUUAUCUGAUGUUAUGUUACGAGCUGCG